GUAUUUUGGUGCAGCUCCUAAAUAGCCUUGGACUCAACAUUUCGGUCAAUAACAACCAUCUGGUCGCCGCAUUUUCCCARGUGAUGGAAGCCAUGAAUAGCGUGGGUUCAAAACCAAAUGCUUCAGACCUCAGCGACUAUUUCAUCAUUAGGAAAAUCAGCAGAUUACUUCGCGCCAACGAGAAUUCGUCCCGUAAAUCAAAGAAUGCUAGAACCUUUCUGGGGAUACUCCUUGCUCGACAGAAAACAUGUGAUUAUGCCGAAAUCUCUAAAGAACUUAAAGAAGAAAUUGGUAAUGAGGGAUUUAAGAGGCUGCUUAAUGUGGAUGGUAAAGUUACUUUAACCUUUGUAAUCGACAUCAGUGGGAGCAUGAAGUUAGUCAUCCCUAAAGUAAAACAGAUUGCUUUAAGCAUUGCAGAAUACAAAUCAAUCAAACAUGUUGACUAUGUCUUGUCAACUUUUUCCGAUGAUUCCAAAGGAACCAAGCUUCUUGGCAAUGUUCAAAACUUUGAUAAUCUCGAGAAUUUCAUAGAAGCACUUGACGAUAUGCUAUCAGUUCGUGAUUAUUUUAAAGAGAAGACUGGCGACUGUCCUGAGCCAGCGUACGCCGGCAUCAUAAAAGCAAUUACAGUUGGCAGUCCACAACGUGGUUCACCUAUGUACGUGUUCACGGACGCACCGCCGAAGCCAUUUGGAGAGUUCACAGAGGAUAACGCGAUAUAUCACGCUCAGAAAAAUAAAAUACCCAUCACUUUUUUCGUAUCGAACUCAUACUGUUCUCGACGAGCGAGGCAUUAUUACAGGAACAUCACAGAGGCAACUGGAGGAUUGGCUUUUGGAUUUAGAAUACGUUGGUCGACAAGAAAACUCAAGCGGAUGAUUAAAGGCAGUCUUGAUGGCACGUCUAUUAUUGCCAGUAAAAGGUCAAAGAGAAGGCAAAAAUCCAAACGAGGAAUUAGAAUCGAUGCCAAAAGCUUUUAUAUUGAUGAUAUCGCUCACGAGGGAACCAUUGAAGUUGAGGCUAAAGGCACGAUGAUUCAUCUUUUUAAUCCCAUUGGAAGGCAAAUACUUCCUGAAAGAAAAAGCCGCAAAAGGCUAUCUUGGACCAUUCUCAGACCACUGAGAGGAAAAUGGACAUUUAUUUCUACAGCCAGAAGUUUAAAAUUUGGGGUUAAGUCACAAUCGCAGUUAGACAUUACCUUGGAUUGGAAAUUCAUGAGGAAAGGAUCUAUUAUAGAUCAUCCAAUCAUAG